AUGCUUGCCUCGUUCAAAGAGAAGUUAAACGCACCCCCAUCACAAAAUGUUGAAUCCACCACCCCGGAAGGCUCGCCAGCACCCAACUACAUUCCGCUGGGAGGUCAGCAACAGCCGCUUAACGGCGCCUCUUCGGCCCCCUCUGCUCAACAGGCACCGGACACCUCCAGUAUUCUAAAGGCUCUGGCCGACAUGGCCAAGCAGAACACAACAGCCCCGGCAGCACCGGCCGUGGCGGCACAGACUAACCCUCUAAGUGCUCUGACCCAGCAAAGUACGGUUCCGCAGCCCGCGUCAUCAUCCGUAGACCAGGCUUCACAGCCCCCGAAUGGACAGGCUGGUGUAAACCCGUAUGCUGCUGGAAGCAUGGCGACCCCGUUCGCGGGAUUGAGUAGUGUUGCUCAGAACCCGGCAUUGGUCCCGCCGCCGCAGACCCAGAGUCAGAGCCACACUCCCAACCCGUUGGCAGCAGCGCAAAACCCACUGGCCGCGCUACUGCCGCAGGCGACUGCAGCUCCGGCUCAGCCGACUGCCCCGAUCGGGCCUGAUGCUCUGCAGCAGCAGCUCCAGCUCCUGCAAUUGCUGGCUGCCCAAGGCAUUCCUCAAGAGCAGUGGGCCACUGCCCUGCAGAUUCUCAGCCUGUCCAAUGCUGCCAAUAUUGGUGGGAUGACCGCCGGCCAGGCUCCGCCGUUCAACCUGCCCGGUCAGCCCGUCGCCAACGCUUGGGGCGCUCGGCCCGACUCCCAGUCACGUGAAUUCGACCGGGACCGGGAGCGUGAUCGCGACUACAUGCGUUCCCCUCCUGGCCAGUACCGCCGCCGUUCUCGUUCUCCCGGUUGGGACAGGCGCCGUGAGGCCUCUCCUCCUCGUCGUCGCGAUAGCCCUGUCUAUGGUGAGUAUCAUGGGGACUCCCCGGGACGUCGCGGUGGAGACCCGCGCGGUCGCCGAGGAAAUGAGUAUCGCCAGCGCAGCCCUCCCGGACGUCGUCGUCGCACUCCCUCCCCCCCUCGCAAGGAUCCUACCUUGCCUCCUCCGGGCCCCAAGUUUAUUGAGUGGGAUUACUCCAUUGGCCAAGGGAACAUUAAAGUCCUAAGUCGUACUCUCUUCGUUGGUGGUGUUACGUCCUCUGAGGCGCAUCUCCGCUCUCUCUUCAGCAAGUUUGGAAUUGUCCAGACGUGCAUUGUCAACAUUGACAAGCGUCAUGCUUUCAUUAAGAUGAUCAGCCGUCAGGAUGCCGUCAUGGCACGGGAUGGCAUGGAAUCCUACAAGUCCGGCGACAUGCAGCUCAGGACUCGAUGGGGUGUGGGAUUCGGUCCACGUGACUGCAGCGACUACCAAACAGGCAUCAGUGUGAUUCCGAUUGAAAGACUGACGGAGGCGGAUCGGAAAUGGAUGCUCACUGCGGAGUAUGGCGGCACUGGCGGAAGGCCUAUCGAGUCCGGAAUGGUCGUCGAGGAGCCCGACAUUGAGAUUGGCGCUGGUGUAUCCUCGAAAGCUAUCAGCAGAAGAAUUGCUACCGACACUGGCGGCAAGCGCGGACCUGUUUCUUCCCGCACGCAGCAGGACCGAUUCCGUCGUCCGGAACGCGAUGGACCUGCCAACGGGAUGGGCAUGGGCGGCGGCUCGGUGGAGCGGGAUAUACCCAAUGCCAACAAUGUCGGUGUCCCGCCUGCCGUGCCUGGCUUCGGCUUUUCGUUCCCCGGUAUGCCCAUGUUCCCUCCCGGCUUUAUGAUGGGAGGAGCACAAGCUGGAUCCGGUGGUGCGGCACAGCCGCCUCCUCCAGGCCAAGGAAGCAAUUAG